UCAUGCAGCAGUCGUCCAUUCAUGCGCGACGGUUUCUUUCUGCGGGACGUAGAAUCGUGUUUAAACCUUUAAAUUGUGAGAUUCGUUACAGAUACUAACUUUCUGCGUUCAAGAAUAAGAAGCGCUGUUGUGCGGAUUUGUAAGGUUUUUAAUCCGACAUGGCAGAGGAUGAAGAGUUCACGGACAUCAGAGGGAAGAAACUUCAGUUAUCCUGCCAGAAUUAUUCUCCUUUCUGCAGAGAGUUUACUGUCAGCUCUGCUAAACUGUCUCUCGUCAAGGUGAUGGUGUUCACCUGUAUAGUGUGGCUGCUCGCAUAUGCUGCCUUUUAUCUCACACAGAACACGGCGGUUCUGUCCUGCGCCAUCUUCGUGACUUUAACCGGAAUGCUGCUGCACGUUCACUUCGUUAAGGUGGAUCACGAGACGGUGUUGAUCGUCGGUUCGCUCGGAGUCCAGCUCUCCUCCACUUACGCCUCGGGCCGCGAGAGCACCAGCUUCAUUGAGAUGAGCAGGAUUAAAGACAUCGUCAUUAACGAGGCCAUCUACAUGCAAACGAUCAUCUAUUACCUUUGCAUUCUGCUGAAGGAUCCUGCUGAGUCUGAUGGAGUCAGCAGCGUUGUUCCUCUUUUCAAGAGCUCCAAGCCGAGGCUGAACUGCCUGGUGCGUGUGUACAGGAGCUGUCAGGAGAUCCUCGGACCGACACCGAUGACGGACGAGCUGCAGCAGACACCUACAACAAAAGAGUGAAUAUCCCCCGUCAGAGUCUCUACGUAAGCUGUGACGGUUCACCAUAAAUCUCCAUGAUGCCAUAUUUACCACAGUGCUGCUGAAUCCUGUGUUCUGAUUGGUCAGCCCGUGUUGAGUAGUUUUCUUAAACAGCAGUUCGGACGGUCGUGAAGAUACUCUGCAUGGGUUUAUAUUAAAAUGGUUACCAUAGCAACAGGGACUCAUAUGGCCGAUGCUCUACACGCACGGGAAGUUUUCAGUAACCACAUGUUUAUUUAACGUUCAUGGAAGAAGUCUCCACUGUCGGAGGGAGAGUUUUGUGUCCAUAAUCUUCUGACAUUUUAAGCUGCGUUUAUAGAGGAGAGCAAAAGUUUGUGCACCCUCACUUGACAUUUAAUGUUUUAUUUCAUAGACAAAUUAACUUGAUAGUAAAAGAAUCCUAAAUGUGUUUCAAGUUUCUUCUAAGUGUUUUAAGUUGUGUUUUUAGAUCUUUGUGUAUUUUGUGUGAUUCUCUUCAGCGUCUCUUUAAACACUCGUCUUCUUCAGCUCUGUGAAACGUCAACAUUUUUUCACCUCUGGGUGUGUGAGAGCCGUUCACCCGAUUCUUACCUCACAGCAAAACCACUUGAGUGUUUCAGUCUGUUUAUCUUCUCCUGCUUAAAGUCUUAAAAGUGUUGCUUUCAAGACAUUAAAAACCUCAGUGGUGAUUACAUAAUAAUAGAUCGACUCAAUCCUGUCGAACAGCAUGCAAGCGUCUGAGCUUUGAUGGAAAAAAGAACAAAAGCUGUAAAAUUUAGCCUACAAGAUAUUUAAUCAGAAAACUUUUAUAACUUAAAAAUCUGGUGUGUUAGAUGCAUGGUGAUAAAGUAUUAUUUAAUAAUGAGAUUAAUCUAUUAGUUGUGUUUUUUAAAAACUGAUUAGAAAUUAAAUUCAGCUCAACUGUGAUUUUUAAUUCUGCGGAUUUUUGUACCGGUGAAAGUUUGGGGGAAACGUUACAGCUUAUAGAUCAUAAAGAUGUAUUUAAAAUGUAUUUUGCAACAAUAAUGUCAUGUAUUUUCUGACUGAAAUAAAAUUUUAAAUAAACAUUUAUUGUUUUUUUU